AUCACUCCAAGUAUAGAACUGAGUAACUGAUUCCUAACUAUAUAUAAAAGUUCGUGUUUACUAGUAUCCAUCAUGGUGAAGGAUAGGCUUCAGGAGAUGAAAAAGAAACACGAGGAGUUUGAAAGUGAAGAACUGAAGAAGAAACGUAAGAAAAAGGAAAAAGAAACCAUGAAAACAACAAUAGCAGGAUUUCAAGAUAAAGUUCAUGGUAUUGAAGAAAGGCUGAAAAGUUUGAAGAAAGAUGCUGAUGAAGUGAAAAAAUUACAAAGUAAUUUGUAUUGUUCACCAUUUGUAACUUCCAAGGACUUGCAAAAAAUGGAGCAUAUGUCGGACCAGAUCCUAACAGAUUCUAUAAAGAUUCGUAAAGAUAUUGAGUUACUGGCCGCUGAAACAACAACAGAAUCACAAGAGGCAUCACUGAUAACUUCUGGGACACAUCAAAGAGUUCACAUGACUCAGAUUGACCGAUUAUCACAGGAAUUGAAAAAGGUCACGAACGAUUUUGCAGCAAAUCAAGCAGACUACUUGGAUAAAACAAAAGCACGAUUUAAACGUCAGAUGCAAAUAGCAACAAAUGGUAAUGAACCAGACAAUAUAGACAUGAAUUUCCAGAACCAGGCCAUGUUCACAGGGGGUUUCUUGAUGGAAAUGCAAAAAGCAAAAGGAGAUUUACAAGCAAUGCAGGAACGUGAACAAGUUCUCCAUGAUAUUGAAGGUCAGAUUCAUGAGGUUAACAAAUUAUUCAAGGAAAUGCAUGUGUUAGUUGCUGAGCAAGGGGAGACAAUUGAUACCAUAGAAAAUCAUGUUGAACGUACUGUUGCCGAUGUAGAAUCUGGCAAGAAAGACUUAGGGGAAGCCGAAAAAAACCAGAAAAAGGCUAGGAAAAAAAGGUGCAUUUGUAUUAUAAUAUUAGCUGUUGUUAUAGCAAUUAUCAUUGGAAUUGUGGCAGCCAUUAUUGCCCAAAGUACUGGUGGAGAUUAAGGCUGGUUACAGAUAUAUAGAACACAUCAUGAAA